AAAUCAGGGACUGAGUGAUAUAUAUUACUCUUAAAAAUAUCCAUCGGAUCGCGUUAACAACACUCUAAUCCUCCUGCUGGUUCGCACACCCCGCCGACCGCCGGUUUUCUAGUCCAAGUAAGAAAAGAAAAAAAAAAGGAAAAACCCCCACAAACACGGGAGGAGCCAUACACCCUGUCUUCUAGUCUGGUCUCUUCCUCUCCCUCUCUGCAUUUGAUUUUGCUGUUCGAAUAGGAAAGAAAGAAAGAAAGAAAGAAGAAAUGGGUUUUGAUUACUACAACGUACUGAAACUGAACCGCAACGCAACAGAAGAUGACAUGAAAAAGGCUUACAAGAGACUGGCAAUGAAAUGGCAUCCAGACAAGAACCCUGUAAACAAGAAAGAGGCAGAAGCCAAAUUCAAGCUUAUCUCCGAAGCUUACGAUGUCCUAUCAGACCCUAACAAGCGUCAGAUCUAUGAUCUCUACGGUGAAGAAGGCCUCAAGUCUUUUGAUCAAGCCCCCCCUCCCAAUACCAACGUCGGCGCUUCUUUCAAGUUCAAUCCGCGUGACGCCGAUGAUAUUUUCUCCGAAUUCUUCGGAAGUGGCGGAUCCGAUGGUGUUGGCAAGGGUUAUUUUAGGAAUAAUAAUCAUAAUAGUUAUGGGGCCGAGGUUAACAGGAAAGCGGCGCCCGUUGAGAGCAAGUUGCUUUGCACUUUGGAGGAGCUUUAUAAAGGUACCCGAAGAAAGAUGAGGAUUUCCCGUUCUGUUCCUGAUGACUUCGGGAAGCCGAAAACAAUCGAGGAAAUCUUAAAGAUAGACAUCAAACCUGGCUGGAAGAAGGGCACAAAAAUCACUUUUCCUGAGAAAGGCAAUCAAGAACCUGGUACCAUCCCCGCUGAUCUUAUUUUUGUGGUGGAUGAGAAGCCCCAUCCUGUUUUCAAGAGGGACGGGAAUGAUCUGGUGGUCAAUCAGAAAAUGUCACUACUGGAGGCUCUCACGGGGAAAACCAUCGAAUUGACAACCUUGGAUGGAAGAUAUCUCACAGUCCCUGUAUCGGAUAUUGUCAAACCGGGUCACGAGGUCCUUAUCUCGGAUGAAGGAAUGCCCGUCUCAAAAGAGCCCAACAAGAGAGGAAACCUUCGAAUCAAGUUUGAUAUCACAUUCCCAUCAAGACUUACCGCGGAACAGAAAUCUGACCUCAAGAAAGCACUAUCUGACAAUUAAUUCAGAGUUCAAAAUCUGGGCUGUCACUUGUCCAUUCAACACCAACCAUCGAUUUAAGUUAAUUACAUUAACGCUGAUUAUCAAUUUAAGUCAAUUGAAUGUAAAUACUUUAAUUUUUUUACACUGUUCUAGUGUAAGAUUGUGCAUAUUAGGAAGAAAGCUUGAAGCUUUUUGUGAAUCUCCGUGCUAUCAUUGGUAUAAUGUGGCAUGGAUGAACCUGUAAUCCUUGACUAUUGGCCAAGCUGCCGCCAGAUGACAGGCGCCUUCUGCUCAAAA